AUGACAGCUCGUGAAGAAUUUUUCGCAUGGCUCGCAAGCAAAGCUAUUCCCAGGAAGCAAAGAACUAAACUCGCUUCGUAUGAAUGGGAAAGUUUAGUCGAAACAGAUGUCGAAGGGAUUGCAUCAGUCAUUGAGGACCGACUGAUGGCUGGAGUUGUUCAUGGGAAACUUCAGGCUUUAGGCGCUCAAUAUCAAACAGUUCAGUGGCAUACAAGGCCAAAAGAUCUAUUUCAAAUACCUCCAUGUCUUGGAGUUUCAUCCACUAGCGGAUGGUUCAUGGUGGUCAUGGCUCAUAUGACUGGGUUUUAUGCUCUGUCAGAUAGUAAUAGCUCUAUUACUGCAUGUAUUAGUGAGGAACUGUGGAAUGUGUUGAGGAAGUUACAGAACUUUGGGUAUGUGCAUGGUGAUCUACGAAAAGAGAACAUUUUGGUCUGCAAAAAGGAUGCAAAGACAAACAUUGUUUUUACUGAUUGGGAUUGGGCUGGUGUAGCUGGGGAAGUUUGUUAUCCUAUAUCAAUCAACCCUGCAAUCUAUCAGCAUCCUACUGCAAAAGCUCUACAACCCAUCCUUAUGGAGCAUGAUGAAUUUAUGCUCAAAAAUAUUUGUCUUACUCAUAAUGUUGUGGAUGAAAGCUUAGACCAGUAA